CUUCUCUAUGUUCAACACCUGCUCACUGUGGCAAUCUAACCAACAGGCUUUACUACCCACCAAUGGUUGCUCAAGUGAAACCACGCAUUCGCUACAGCAGCAAAACCAUGGAAGGCAACCAGCAGAAAGUGGAGGCCAACGUUUUGUUACUUGGAGCUGAGAACGUUGGAAAGUCUGCUCUCACCGUGCGCUUUCUAACCAGGCGGUUCAUAGGAGAAUAUGGAGAUAUAGAAUCAAUAUACAGCCAUACUGACAAGAUCGACGGGCGUGAUAUUUGUUUCAACAUAUGGGACUCGCUUUGCUCGCAGAAUGGAGAGGAGUCGGGUUACAUCAGCGACAGACAGCUGCAGUGGGCAGACGGUUAUAUCCUUGUUUACAGCAUCUGUGACCGUGCCAGCUUCAACGUGGUGCGGCAACAAGUGCAGUGCAUACGACAAGCCAAGCAAAAACUGGCCAGCACAGCUCAGACCAUCAUUGUGGGGAAUAAGAGAGACCUCCAGCACAGACGUACAGUGUCCAGUGAAGAGGGCCGCCUGUUGGCACUCUCGGCAGACUGUGGGUUUUUUGAGGUUUCCGCUGCGGAGACGUACCACAGUGUGCUGAUGGUGUUUCACGAACUGUUUGAGCUCAUCCGAGAGGCGAGGGCGCUCAAGAAGGGCCCUGCAGGGUUCAAAGGUAUCGUGAGGAGCAUGUCGUCAGUAUUUGGAAGGAAGCGGACUGAAUAGUUUCAGAUUUCCCCUCAAAGCGGUGGAAGAAUCAGAGAUAAGCCCUUUAUGAAAUCCAUAUUGGAACAAAGACUGAUUAUUGAUCUCAAAUGGAUUUUUGCAAGUUCACAAUCUUACAGGCCGUUCACAUAACAAUCAUCUGUGCUGUAUUUAUUUGUUGGAAGGACAUAUUUGGCCAGUGCAUCGCUGUUUUUUUUUUUUGUUUGUUUUUUUACAUCUGAUGUCAUGAGCAUCGCUACUAAGGCACCAGUCAAGUUAAAAGUAGUUCAACUUUUCAACUUCACGUUCCAUUUUUCAUUCUGUUUUUCAAUGCUGAAACGUGUUCUAUGUGAACGGCCCCUUAUUCCUAAAUGUUCUAAGAAUGUUCAUAUUAGAUUUAAGUAUAAAAACAGUACUGUGUCUCAUUGCUCACUCUGUUUUUCAGUAUGUUGUAAACUGUCAGUUCUCUCUUUGUACUACUAUCAGUUUUACUGUAGCUAAUAAGUGCAAUUGGUGGCUCAAUCCUUCUUAGUCCCUAUGCAAUUAAAUUAGACUGAUUCUAAAAUAUGGCCUCUAAUACGUGUGAUACAUGAAUAUUGUAACAAUGUAGCAUUUCCUUGUGAAAAUAUUCAUAUUUAAUUUGUUUUGCCCUAAGUUGUGCUAAAAGCUGAAAACUUUUUUUUUUUUUUUCUUUAUAGUCAUAAAUUGAUGUGGUAAAAUGAUGCCCACUUUUGCCUUGGUUGAUCCUUAACUUUGCCAACAAUAAGUUUUUAAAGUCCUAACUGUUUCAUUUGAUGCAUUGGUGAUAUAAAAUGUCAAACAAAGAUUGUUGUGUAUACUGCAAGUGUAAAAACAUAUGCUUAUAUUGUUUUAUAAUAAAACAUGAGAAAGAUUUUAA